AUGAGUGCAGACCCCAGACUCAGCUCCCGGGGCCUGUGGGAGGCCCACGAGUCUCGGGGGGCUGCACCCACCGCUCCCGGCUCACGUCUGCCCCUCCCCGCAGGCCACGACCUCAGCGGGGCCCUGGAGCCCUCCAACAUCGACACCAGCAUCCUGGAGGAGUACAUCAGCAAGGAGGACGCCUCGGACCUCUGCUUCCCCGACAUCUCUGCUCCAGCCAGUACCGCCUCCUACGCCCACGGGCAGCCGGCCAUCCCGGGCUCCAGCGGGGUCCUCCACCUGAGCCCGCCUGGGGGUGGACCCUCCCCGGGGCGCUAUGGCCCCCUCCCUCCCCCGAGCUACAGCGCCCCGCUCAACUGCAACAACAACAAUGGCAUGGGCGCCGCUCCCAAGCCCUUCCUGGGGGGCUCUGGGCCCCCCAUCAAGGCAGAGCCCAAGGCUCCCUAUGCCCCAGGGCACCCCGAGGUGACUGGUGCAGAGAAAUGCCCCGCGGACCCUCACCUCCUGCGCACCAUCACCCCCGAGACCCUGUGCCACGUGGGAGGGCCCUCGCCCCCCUACGCUGCCAUGGGGCAGGGGCUGGUGCCCGCCGACCUGCACCACACGCAGCAGUCCCAGAUGCUGCACCAGCUGCUGCAGCAACAUGGAGCUGAGCUCCCCACACACCCCUCCAAGAAGAGGAAGCACUCAGAAUCGCCCCCCAACACCCUCAAUGCCCAGAUGCUGAGCGGAGUGAUCAAACAGGAGCCUGGGACCGGGACAGCCCUGCCCGCGCACCCCCCGCGAGCCCCCUCUCCCCUCUCCCCAGGCCCUGGCUCCUUGCCUCUCAGCAUCGCCCGGGUCCAGACACCACCUUGGCACCCGCCAGGCGCCCCCUCGCCAGGUCUCCUGCAGGACAAUGACAGCCUCAGUGGCUCCUACCUGGACCCCAACUACCAGUCCAUCAAGUGGCAACCACAUCAGCAGAACAAGUGGGCGACCCUGUACGACGCCAACUACAAGGAGCUGAGUCAGAAUGAAGAUGUUUGGGGGCUGGAGGGAGUCUGUGGGCAGGGGCUGGGCCGGCUCCUGGCGCCUGGUUCCACCGUUUCCAUGGCUACCAGCUGUCAGCCCAGUGAGGCUCUGCAGACCAUCCCCUCUAACCCCAUCUCCCACGAGGGCGGGGGCUACGGAAACCGCGGUGUGCGCAGGUACUUCAUGCUGGUGGUGGCCCUCCAGGCCCACGCACAGAAUCAGAACUACACGCUGGCCGCCCAGAUCUCGGAGCGCAUCAUCGUGCGGGCCUCCAACCCAGGCCAGUUUGAGAGCGACAGUGACGUGCUGUGGCAGCGGGCACAGGUGCCCGACACGGUCUUCCACCACGGCCGCGUGGGCAUCAACACCGACCGUCCCGAUGAGGCGUUGGUUGUGCACGGCAACGUCAAGGUCAUGGGCUCACUCAUGCACCCGUCGGACCUUCGGGCCAAGGAGCACGUGCAGGAGGUGGACACCACGGAGCAGCUGAAGAGGAUCUCGCGCAUGCGCCUGGUGCACUACAGAUACAAGCCCGAGUUCGCCGCCACCGCGGGCAUCGAGGCCUCGGCGCCAGAGACGGGGGUCAUCGCCCAGGAAGUGAAGGAGGUGCUGCCCGAGGCCGUGAAGGACGCGGGUGCUGUGGUCUUUGCCAAUGGGAGGACCAUCGAGAACUUUCUGGUGGUGAACAAGGUGGGCAGCCAGGGGAGCCUGGGCCACACAGGGAGCCAGUUCAGCCGGGCAGGCAGCGUCCCCCACAAGAAGAGGCCCCCCAAGGUGGCCAGCAAGCCGCCGUCGGUGGUCCCGGAGCAGGCCUGCGUCAGCCCGCGCUUCCUGCAGGGGACCAUCAUCGCCCUGGUGGUGGUCAUGGCCUUCAGCGUGGUGUCCAUGUCCACGCUGUACGUGCUGAGCCUGCGCACCGAGGAGGACCUGGUAGAGACCGAUGGCUCCUUUGCCGUGUCCACUUCCUGUCUUCUGGCCCUGCUCCGGCCCCCGCGUCCGGGGGGGAGUGAGGCCAUGUGCCCAUGGUACGUGUCCGGGUCAAGCCCCCUCCCUCCCGCCUCUGGCUCCGGCUGCCAUCUUCCUCUCCACCUCCCCAUCCACCUCCUCCUGCCCUUCCUGCUUCCCGGGGAUUUCCAGCUCCCCGCCAGGCAAGGAGGCUCUGGAAAGGAUUGGUGGGCCGCCUGGGGUGGCCAAGAGACCGAUGGGUUCACCCAGAGUCCAGGGGGGCUUAGAGACAGCUGGGCAGGAGGCAGCAGUCCCCUCUUCUCAGCCCGCCCGGUUCUGUCCACAGACCCCAGCCAGAUGGCCGUGCUGCCCGGCACCAACAUCAGAGCCAAGUCCUGGGGCCUGGCAGCCAAUGGCAUCGGCCACUCCAAGCACCCAAAGAGCUUGGAGCCUGUGGCCAGUCCUCCAGUCCCCUUCCCGGGGGGGCAGGGCAAAACCAAGAACAGCGCCAGCCUCCGAAUCCAUGGCCGGGCCCGCCGAGGGGUCCCCCCGCCCACUCAGACCUGGGGCCAAGCAGACUCGGCGCCCGCCCUCACCUCCAUCCAGCUGCUGGAGAACUCGAUGCCCAUCACCGCCCAGUACUGUGCUCCAGGGGGUGCCUGCAGGCCUGGGAACUUCACCUACCACAUCCCUGUCAGCGGCAGCACCCCCCUGCACCUCAGCCUCACCCUGCAGAUGAACUCUUCGUUCCCCGUGUCCGUGGUGCUGUGCAGCCUGAGGUCGGAGGAGCCGUGCGAGGAGGGGGGCUUUCCACAGAGCCUCCACACCCACCAGGACACCCAGGGCACUUCCCACCAGUGGCCAGUGACCAUCCUGUCCUUCCGUGAAUUCACCUACCACUUCCAGGUGGCGCUGCUGGGCCAGGCCAACUGCAGCGCGGAGGCCCCGGUCCCGCUGGCCACGGACUACUAUUUCCGCUUCUACCGCCUGUGUGACUGAGCUGCCCUCCUGAGGCAGCCGCAUGCCAGGGCCCGGGGCCCCGGGCGCCCCUCCACACUGGAUGCAGUUGUUACACUGGAGCCUGUGCCGCCAGCUCUCCGUCCGCGGGCACUGCCCCGGCCGAACUGGGCCUGGCCUCCGCCUGGGACACUGGAAGUCUCACACUGGAGCUGCUGCUCUCGCUGGUCACUCCUGGCUCCCACCCCGGGCCCCUCUGUCCCGAUGGCGGUGGGACGAUGGCGGUGGGACGGCUGCUGAGCAGCAGGCAGGCCACCGCUCUGCCGCCCCAUUGGAGGCCGGGAGCUCCCUUUGGACCUCAAGGACCUGCCUGCCUUUGAGCUGGGCGGGGGCUUGGGUGGAGCCUUGAGCCUUGGCUGGGACCAUGCACCAGUGGAGGGCAGACAGCCCUCACCCUCGAAGCUGCUCCCCAAGGGGUGGCCAGGAGGUGGACUUCUGGGGUGUGACUGUUACGCUGGACUUGCACUUGGAAGCCUGAAGUGUGGCCCGGAGGUCUCUUCUCCGAGCUUGGCUCUGAGCGCGUCCAGGGCCCUGCAGCAGCCCCGAUGGGAGAGACUGACAUGUGCUAGGUACACGUCGUGCCUGGCCGAACCAGGGGUCAAGGGGGCCAGGGGGCCAGGGGGCCAGGUGAGCCUCGGAGCCUGGACCCUGGGUGCCCGGAAGGGAGUUCCUGUGAGCUUCCGGUGGUGCGGGCCAGGCUUCACAGCCGUGUCAGGGGCCCAUAGUUCUCUGGGCGGAGGAGCAGGAACCCUUGGGAGGCAGCAGCCACCUGGGCGGAUGCAGGCAGCUGUCGCUGUUAUUAAUACUAAACUGCACUUCAACCAGGACGGGGUGGGGGGAUGGUGAUGGGAGCCCAGAGGGGCCAGAUGCUGGGGUGACACUUGCAAAGACAGGACCCCAGCUCGGACCUGUCCCAGUGAGACACCCGUCCCACUCCUGACCACCCCAAGACUGGCCGCUCCCCCCAUUCUUAGUCUGCUGGGGGCCUCGUCUCCCCAAAUUAAGAGCGGGGGCUUAGGUGAGGGCAGAUGUCGUCUCUCAAGUGCAAGUUCAUCUUCGUGGGCACCUGCAAUGCUGAGCCACACCUGGCUCGUGGUAGUGUGGGACUCAUUUAGCGCUGACAUGGUUCCGACAUGGGGACGGGGCUGCCCAUACGGCCUUGCUCUGUGAUGUCUGCCACCGUUUUUGGGAACCAGGCCUUGCCACUUACCUCUCAUUCUCAGCUCG